UUUUCAAGCCAGGAAUUCUACAAAGGAGAAUGUAACAUGGCCCAGUUUCAGAAAAACCACACCUUAAGAUCUGAGUUUAUUAUCUUGGGUUUUGGGGACCUGGGUGAACUGCAAAUCUUCUUUUUUGGACUCUUUCUAAUCAUGCAUCUUGUCACCCUAGCAGGGCACACAACUAUUGUGCUCAUCACCCUCGUUGACUCCUGCCUCCAGACCCCCAUGUAUUUCUUCCUUCGCAAUCUGUCCACCAUUGAAAUUUGCUAUAUAUUGGUGAUUGUCCCUAACAUGCUGGCCAAUUUCCUGUCCAGGAGCCAGCGGAUGUCCUUCCUGGGCUGUGCCUUGCAAAUGCACCUCUUCAUCGCCCUCGGUGGCGCAGAGUGUUUCCUCCUGGCCAUGAUGGCCUAUGAUCGUUUUGUGGCCAUCUGCAACCCCCUGCGCUACACAAUCAUCAUCACCCGGGCCGUCUGUCUGCAGAUGCUGACUCUGGCAUGCAUCAGCGGCUUUGCACUCUCACUCGCCCUUACUACACUGAUAUUCCUACUGCCCUUUUGUCAGUCCCAUGAGAUCAAUCAUUUUUUCUGUGACAUCCCUGCUGUGCUAUUUCUGGCCUGCUCAGACACAAGAGCCAAUGAGGUUGCAGUCUUCUUUGUCUGCAUGCUCAUCCUGUUGAUUCCCUUCUUGCUGAUUCUGCUCUCCUAUGCAUUCAUUAUUGCUGCCAUCCUCAGAAUCCACUCAGCUGAGGGAAGGAGCAAAGCCUUCUCCACCUGUGCUGGGCACCUGCUGGUCUCUGUUCUGCACUAUGGCUGCGCAAUAUUCAUCUACAUUCGCCCCAAGUCAUGCUACACCCCAGAACAGGACAAAGUUGUGUCCUUAAUCUACACCAAUGUAACUCCGAUGCUCUACCCUAUGAUCUAUAGCCUGAGGAACAAGGAAGUUAAGGGUGCCCUCAGGAGACUUCUGAAGAGCUAUAACCAGAUGAAGCACCAACCCAAUGCGAGGUGA